GCUCCCAGACAGAGAGGCAGACAGCACAGCUGUUCCUGCUGGACCAAUUAACGGGCCAGUCUGUGCGUGUCUUCCGGGGCGGCCUCUCAUCUGACAAUAACUGGGUCAGUGUACUCCGCUCCAUACAGCACUGCGGGACGGACACGAUCAUGGACUCGUUUUGGGCAUUAGUCUGCGCCGCCGCGUCGGUCUUGGUGUUACGGAGCUCAGCCUGCAAAGAUGCGCAAACUUGUCUUCAGCGUGAGGUCACCAUAUCCCACGGUCAAGGGCUGCAGGAACCAGAUUUAUUCCCUUUACAGAGAGAGGUAGAUUUGUCGGAACUUCUCAAUCCUGAAGAUUUCCCCAUAAUGCAGGAAAUUCUCAAACCACAAAGGUUUGAGAAAGAGCUUUCAGCGUCAGAAGAUAAGCCACCACCAAGAAGUUGGCCUAGUUUUGGGCCCCGCUCUUUUCCUCCUGCGCCCCAGUAUGCUGUCCAGUUUCCCCUCGGCCAACCAACGCCUGACAACAUCCAGGCCAUCUGUGUUCAUGCCGACCAUCGUCCCCGCUACCCAGACUCUUACUUUCCUCCCUCUGGUUUUGGUAAACAGAAGCGCAUGGCCACAGCUGUCAAUAAUGCCGAGUCCUGGUUCAGCACAUGCUGCAAAGGGAACGAGACGUGGGGGACUGAAGGGACGUUGUGUUGCGCCACACAGGCAUGGCAGCACUCAGUUGAGCUGUUCUGUGAGGAGGAUUCGUCUGUGAAAGAUCGGCUGUAUGACUGCUGCAGGCGGACAGGCGUUAACAGACUCAGCUGUUUCAACGAUGACGCUCCAAAUCCCAGCUAUAAGCCAACAGAGGAGCUGCCUGUGGAGGCGGUUGGCUCUGUAGAAAACUUCCGCUUUAGCCAAAACACUUGCCCAAGGAGUUUGAUGAUUCCACAGCGUUCCAGUGCAAAUAAAGAAAAGACAGAACUCAACCCAGCUACUUCCCAAAAAAUCAACAUCGGCUUUCCUCCUGGAAGGCCUACGGCAGAUAACAUUCUGUCCUUGUGCAUCAACCAGAGGCUUCGACCUCUCUACACAACCAAGUGCCUGCCAUCCUCGGGCUAUGAGCUGCUGGCCCGUCAGGUGAAGACCAUCAACCGCCUGGAAAAGAAAUUCAAGCAGUGCUGCAAAAAGAAGGGUGCACUUAACUGUGCUGAACAGAAGUGGCGUGAGGAGCUUAAUGGAUACUGCUCAGCUAGGAACAGUGGGCAAGUGGACCAUCAGUGUUGUCAGGAAAAUGAUCAGCAUAGCUGUUUCCAGUCAAUUUCUUCAGAUCCGCUCUACAACGUAGCUUCUGCUACGGAGGCGCCCUCUCUUAACAACAUGUGUGAUGCCCAGAUUAUCAACAAUAGAUUUCCGGUCGGUUUUCAACUGAAGACCCUAUGCUGCCCCCUGUCGGAACAAGACAGAAAUACUUGUUUUGCGCAAAAGCUUGAACAAUUAUCCCAGAGCCUGUGUUCAUCAAACAAGUCUGCCUCUCCAGCUGUUCGCCGCUGCUGUAAGUUGACUCCACAAGAGAUUCCACAGUGUUUCAGCAAAAAUGUCAUGGAGGCCAUCACCAAAGCGAUCAAUAAGGGCCAGAAGAAGAAGAAAAAUAAAAUAUGCCCCAUCCCUUAAACACAUGACACCUGCAGGAACUGAUCCAUUUCUGGAAAUUGUAAGCUCGUUCCAGACAUGGUUUACAGUCACUAAGCACAAACAAAUACUAAAGGGGUAUUAAAAAUGUAGAUCAGUUUGUAGCUUCAUCUACUGCUGGCUUAAAUUACAAUUAACCUAUGAAAACCAUUUCUGCAAUAAUAAAUAAAACUGAAUGAUUAUUUUUAUGCAUAGUUUCCAAUCAGAUUUCUGUCUCUCUUGCUGUACCACUAUAUUUUUUUGUUUUAUUGCUGCUGUUUGCAUAUUUGGUUCUGAACCCAGUUUGGUGGAACCUUAAAAAGGAUACAAAAGGAAUUGUAUAUGGAUUUUUAUCUGAGUUUUAAUAAAAACACUUCUAAAUCUCA